ACACACUGGGGCGUUGUACAACACGCGCACUCAGAGAAAAUUUUGGAAGAGAAGAAGCAAGUUGUUAUUCGAUUCGUCUAUUUAAAACAAAUAGAAAGUGCAAAAUUAAGUGGAAUAUCGAGCGCGGAGCGUGUAAAAUGCAUUUGUAUGAAUUGAAGCGGCUGUUUUACGGCUGAAGUGAAAAUUCCAAGCCAGAGCGAGAGUGCAAGAGAGCAAACAAGAGAGUGCGAAAGAAAGAGAGAGAGGCCUCACAAAAAAUAAAAACCAUAAUAAGGAAAGUGUGGAAAAUACGACAAGAAAAUAAAAAAGAAAAGAAGAAACACCGCCUGGCCAGUGAAGAAAGAAAAGUGAACUGCAAGUGACGCGGAGACUGGGCGUCGGACAGCCAGUGACAUCCGUCAUUUGUUGCUGCCGUCGCCGUCGCCGUCACCGCUGUUGCAGCAACAGCAAUUUCAUCGAAAGAAUUUUGUUGGAAACAACUCUCCCGUCUCCAGGUUUUAGUGCAGCGUCAUCAUCAUCGUCAUCUGCAACAUGGAUGCCGAAACACAGGAAAUACGACAGGCUCGUCAACGUGCUUCCGUCAAAUGGCUGCUGUCGAAGGCGUUCAACAAUCGCGUACCCGACAACCUGAAGGAGCCGUUCUAUCGCGAUCACGAGAACCAGGAACGCCUCAAGCCGCAGAUCGUUGUUGAGCUGGGCAAUGCGACGCUCUACUGUCAGACGUUGUCCAAUCUCUACUCUGAUCCCAACUACCAAAGCUUAAAUCACUGGUCAAUCUUACAGACGCUAGCGCGCAAGGGAGUCGCUGUGGUCGAGUCCUCGGACAUGCCCAUUACCGAAACGGUAUUAAUUCAAACGAAUCCGUUGCGAAUUAAUGCACACAUGUCUGUGAUAGAAUCGCUGAUGAUUCUGUAUGCAAAGGAAAUAUCGUCGGGAGACCGCGUCACAUCGGCCCUGCGAAGAAUAUCUGGCAGCAGUUAUCAGGCGCCUGCUGGCCAAACUUACGAGCAAGCAUUGCUUGCUUGGAUAUCGCAUGCGUGCGCUGCGCUAAAGAAGCGCAUCGUCAAGGAGCUGGAGUCAAGUGUGCCGGAUGAAAUCGGCACACGUCUGCAAACGCCGGAUAUACCGCCAGUGCGUGAUUUUCAGGAUCUGUGCGAUGGCAUUUGCCUGGCGCUGCUCAUUUCCUACUAUUGCCCCAAGGUGGUGCCGUGGACGAGUGUGCGCAUCAACUAUCUGCCCGCGGUGGAGGACUCCAUACACAAUAUACUGCUCGUGAGCAGUUUUUCACAAAAGCAUUUGCCAUACGGCGUCUUCCACAUGACGCCCGAGGACAUCACCUACAUGCGGGGCUCGAUGAAACUGAAUCUGGUCUUGCUGCUGACGGAUUUGUUCAAUCUGUUCGAAAUACACCCGGCCAAAUGUGUUUGCUACCCUGGCAUGGAUGGACAGGAUGUCAUCGCCAAGCGCACCAUGGGCGCCAAUGAGCACGGAAUCUGCCAUCGACGGGGCCUCACAAUGCAACCCGUAACGCCCAUACCCGAUUUACGCAGCGAUCUUGACCAGCCGCCAGUUGGCUCGCCAUCGAAUCGGCCACCGUUUCAAGUUCCGAACACAAAUUCAUUUAGCGGCGGCUUAAAUCGCAGAUCAACUCCGCCCACCGAAUAUCAAACGAUGCAAUCAAAUCACUUUGAUGGCAAUCAAGCUGAAGCGUUCGUCGUGCACAAGUCGCGUGGCAUUACCACACUCUCAUCCAUGCACUCGCAACAUCAGCAACAGCAGCAGCAGCAACAUCAUCAUCAGCAGCAGCAACAGCAACAACACUUUCAGCACCAGCAACAGCAUCAACAACUGCAGCAGCAACAGUUGCAGUCGCAGCAGGAGCCCUUGGUUCCAGCUCGGUUGCGUCAGGCUAAAGAAAAGAACAAUGUCGAGUCGAAGGCAGACGAGAGAGGCGAUUUUGUCGCUGCUGGUCGACCAAGUAACUGGGAACAGAGCCGACGUCCGAGCUUUGCAGGUCGCCGUUCACGAAGGAAUUCCUCCAGCGAAGAUUCGCAGCUGACGAUUGAGAAUUUUGGAGGCUCGCAGGAUCAAAUCAAUACGCUGGGCAGAUAUGAACGUGAACGGGACAGGGAAAGGGAACGUAAGCUGUCUAACACAAGUGUGGAACCUGCUGUGGCAGUGCGUUCUUCGAUUGCCGAUGCGCGUGGCACACUGCAGCUGGGCUACGACACGGAUUCAGGAUCGGAGAAGCAGGAUCGUGAAACGGAAAAGUAUUCAAUGCGUCGACAAGCAAGUGUCGACAAUGUGCCCACGGUCUCGAGCCACAAUCUGUCGAAUUUAUCAAAUGCGGGUAGUCCGUUGCCCAUGGCGCGUAAUAAACAACAUUCCAACGAAAGGGAUUAUGCGAAUGCCGAGCACUACAACGAUGCCAGAUCAACGAGUGGCUACGAUCCGGAGAGCACACCUGUACGCAAGUCCUCGACGAGCAGCAUGCCCGCCAGUCCGGCUGCGUGGCAAUUGGAGAUUUGCGAUGACGAUAUGCGUUCGCUGGAGCAUGUCAACAAGCUGUCGUCGAUGCGCAUGAAACUUGAAGAGAAACGGCGACGUAUCGAGCAGGAUAAGCGUAAAAUCGAAAUGGCCGUGAUGAGGCACCAAGAAAAGGAGGAUUUGGAAUCGUGUCCGGAUGUCUUGAAGUGGGAGACCAUGAGCAAUGAGUCGAAGCGCACGCCGGACAUUGAUCCCGCUGACAUGGACAAGUACCAGCAAAGCAUCGCCAUUAUGAACAUGAAUCUGCAGGAUAUCCAACAGGAUAUCCAUCGGCUGGCCACGCAGCAGAGCCAAAUGCAGGCGCAGCAUCUGCAAGCGCAGCAGCUGAUGCAGGCACAGCAAAUAGCCAACAUGCUGAAUCAGCAACAAACCUAUGGCUCGCAACAACACUUGGCUGAUCAUCAUUACCAGCAACGUCCCAUGCAGCAAAGCUUUGGCUCAUCACCGCAUCUUCCGCAGGCCUUCAAUGCGCCCGUCAGCGCCUACAGUUCCCGUCCGCCCAGUCGCGAUCCCUACCAGCAACAGCAGCAGCAGCUCCACCAUCCACACCAGCAGCAGCCCAUGCAAAUGCCCCCGAUGCAGUACGUCAACGAGCACGGCCAAUACAUGUCGCCACCUGCUCACUACAUGCAACCCCAGAGCAUCUACAGCGACAAUGGUGCACCCUACAACAACCAUUCGCCGUACGGAGCUCCACCGCCGCAGCCACAGUAUCAGCAGCGGAACAGCGUCUACGAUGACUACGGCCAGCCGGCGAAUCACUUUUACCUGCACGAGUCUCCGCCCCAGCCACAUCCUCAGCGACGUACUUGGGCGCACUCGGCGGCAGCAGCUGCCUAUGAGCAGCAGCAGCAGCAACAACAACAGCACCAGCAUCAACAGCCCUUGGUGGAUGUGAAUGCCUGGCAAAGCCAGAAGAAGUUGCAACAGCAGCAGCAACAACUGCAGCAGCAGCAGCAGCUUCAACAAAACUGGCCAAAUCGACCGCCCUCCAGCGCUGGCGCAUCUCAGGGCUUUGUGCUGCAUCAGAAUGGUGGCAGCGGUGCUGGAGGCGGCGGUGGCGGUGAGUUGCAGCAUCUGUUUCAGAUGCAAUCAUCGCCACAGCAUGGCCAGCGUUUGCAUGGUGGCGCCAAUGGCGUGCAACGCCAACAAUCGUUGACCAAUCUUCGCGACAAUCGCUCGCCCAAGGGCAACAUGAUGCAACCGCAGCCCAUGACGUUGGGUCAGCAUGAGGAUAUGAUGGCGCCGCAGAGCAUUUGCUUUAUUGGCGACGAGGAGGAUGUGGAUGAGCUGGAGCGCAACAUUAUCGAGUCAAUGCAGUCAACACGCAUCUCUGAUUUUGUGGUGCAGCAACAGCAGCGGCUGCAUCAGCAGCAGCAACAACAGCAGCAGCAACAGUUGCCGGCGACGCACAGCGGACGCGGCAGCAGCUCAGAGGAUUACGAUAGCGGCGAGCUGAUUUCCAAUAAGCUAAACAUCACCAGCGGCAAUCUGACCUAUCGCAUACCCUCGCCUUCGCGACCCUCCAUACAGGCCAACAGCUUUCAGGAUCCACGCGGCAGUGUCGGCGGUGGCAGCGGCAGCGGUGGCAGUGGCGAGGAGCAGCGACCCGAGAAGGGCUUCUACAUAUCGUUCGACAACGAUCAGCCGAAACGACCAAAGCCGCCGUUGCGCACCAAGCGCUCUCCCAAAAAGGAACCGGGUCGGGAUAGUGUGGACAACCAAGUUGUCCUUAAACGUGAAUCGCUAAGUCAACUGCACAACAUCAACAACUCGGUGGGCGGUGGUGAUGAGAUCAAGAACGCUUCCCUUGCCCGUCACAGCAUCCAUGGAAUUGCCGCUGGCUUGCCAUCGAAUGCCAACAGUGCUGGCAACGCCACCUACAACAAGUACACGGAUGAGCCGCCCAUUCAACUGCGCCAGAUGGCUGCAGCGACGGCCGAACCCUUGGGUCUGGAGCGUCGGCAUCUUGAGGACCUCACCAAUCAGCCGCAGCAACAACCUCUGUCGCCCACUCGUCUGAGGGCCGAGCAAAAUGCCGAGGCAGCCAAGAACAAGGCGAUCGUCAUUGGUGCGGAUUCGACUAAUCUGGAUCCGGAAUCUGUUGAUGAAAUGGAGCGUCGCAAGGAAAAGAUUAUGCUGCUCUCGCUGCAGCGUCGCCAGCAGCAAGAGGAGGCGAAGGCGCGCAAGGAGAUUGAGGCAUCACAGAAGCGUGAAAAGGAACGGGAAAAGGAGGAGGAACGUGCGCGCAAAAAGGAGGAGCAAGUGGCGCGACGAGCGGCCAUAUUGGAACAACAUAGACUAAAGAAAGCCAUCGAAGAGGCCGAGCGAGAAGGUAAAACCCUGGAUCGGCCCGAUCUACAUGUUAAACUACAGCCGCAGAGUUCGAGUGCGUCCACGCCACGUCUUAGACAGCAGCGUGUCACACGACCACGGCCCAAAACCAUCCACGUCGAUGAUGCUAGCGUGGACAUUAGUGAGGCUUCAAGCCUAUCCAGUCGGGGAAAGAAAGGCUCCAGUUCUAAUCUAACUGGCUACGGUCAGCUAAGCUCAAAUUCAAUGAAAAGAGAUUAUUACCGGGGAUCUCAAGACUCCCUAACUGUUAAAGAGUCCCCCGACGAUUAUCCCAGCACAAGUUCAACUCCGAUUGGACGACGGGGAUCAUACAAAACUUCCAGAGAGCCAGCCGUCGAAAGGGGCCGCACCCUGUCGCGUAUAUCAGUUGCUAAGGGGAGCACACUUAAUUUCCGUGGCCGAAAGUCCAAUUCACUAAUGAAUUUGUGCGACACAGAUUCGGGAUUGGGACGGGCAACUCCGCCGCGCCGCGCACCGUCACCAGGAAUGGCGGCAUCAGGUAGGCAUAUGCCAUCUCCCUCUGGACCAGGCUCUUUGCCGCCAGGUUUGAUAUCGAAGCGUCGCGGAUUUGAUGAUGGAUCAAGUGAUACCAUGGAAUACUCGGGUCCAAAACUGUAUAAACAACCAGCGGCCAAAUCGAAUCGCGGCAUUAUACUGAAUGCCGUUGAAUACUGCGUUUUUCCGGGCGCCGUGAAUCGCGAGGCGAAGCAGAAAGUGCUCGAGAAGAUCGCACGCUCCGAGGCGAAACACUUCCUUGUACUCUUCCGUGAUGCCGGCUGCCAAUUCCGUGCCCUCUACAGCUAUGUGCCCGAAACGGACCAAGUGACAAAGCUGUACGGCACGGGACCUAGUCAAGUCGACGAAGUCAUGUUCGAUAAGUUCUUCAAAUACAACUCAGGUGGCAAAUGCUUCUCCCAGGUGCACACAAAGCAUCUGACAGUCACGAUAGACGCCUUCACAAUACACAACUCGCUGUGGCAGGGCAAGCGGGUGCAGUUGCCCAGCAAGAAGGACAUGGCACUUGUAAUCUAAAAUCCGGAUCGGAUUGCAAACCCAAAUUGCAACAAAUUAAUUGCAACAAUAGUGAACUGCGAAAGCAAAGAAAAUUAAACGUUUUAAUCACACACCGAGUCAUUGGGCAGUGCGCUUGGGUUUUGGGCUGGGGCUCUGGGGACAGGGUCCGGCAUAAUAUGGCUUAAUAACUAAUUGCACACGUUUGCGCAGCAGCAGCAGCAACAAAUUGGAAUUUACAUAAAAUAUUGUAUUCAAUUGAAAAAGAAAAGAAAAACAAAACAACAAAAAACUAUGCGAUAAAAUAUUUAUUUUGAAUAUUAA